CCCGGCAGAUAAAGCUGCUGUGAGACAGACUGCGCGCCACCUAGCGGCCCCUUGUCGUCAUUUCGCAGGUAGAAAUUGAAAGAUGGCCGCCAGCAGCCCAACUGUCUCCGUGGUGCCAGCCGUGUGCAGCGUCUGUCUGCAGCCGUUGACGGCAGGUGACUGCCAGGUAUUGACGUGUUCCCACACCUUAUGUGAGUCUUGUCUGCAGGAUGUACAGGAUAGUGCCUCUGGGAACGUGGCAGAAGAGAAGAAGGGGGCUGAAAAUGGAGAUAUUUAUCAACACAAAGCCAUUGAGACCUUCAUCUGUCCACUUUGCAGCAGGAACAUCAAAACACCCUCUGGUGACGAAACUCUUUCUCAGAACUCAGUGUAUGGGGAUCAGGAACUAAGUAAAACUAAGUCCGCACGUCAUGUCACAGAAAGCGUCGAUGUUAUUUCAUCGAUGAGGAAUAUAAAAAUGAAAUCUCCGAGUCUCCUACCCUUUAUGUCCGUGUCAAUAAUCAGGAAGAAAAGAAUGAAACCUCCGAGUCUCCUACCCUUGAUGUCUGUGUCAGUAACGAGAAAGAUAAUAAUGAAACAUCCCAGCCUCCUUCCCUUGAUGUCCGUGUCAACAAUCAAGAAGAUGAAAAUAAAAUCUCACAAUCUCUUUUCACUGACGUCAGCGACAAUGAUCAACAAGACCUGGACGAAGGAUCACAGACUUUAACAGUUAACGUCUGUAGCAAUGAUCGUGAAGAUGAGAACCAAGGCUCAGGACCUCUUAUCUGUGAUGUAUGUGAUGAUGAUGAGGAGGCCACACACAGGUGUGAAGAUUGCGCAAAGAGCAUGUGCUCCCAGUGUCAACGUUUUCACGGCAAGUUCCACUCCGACCACCAGACUCAAGUUCUGGUUAAGACGUCACAGUCUGACCCUCAACCUGUAGACCGUGACCUGGAAGAGAGGGUCAUGGGGCAGGUCAAUGUUGUGGAGGCCGCGCUGCUACAGAUGGCGGACGACAAGCGACGCCUAGUGAGAGAGAGACAGGAGGUGGCUGACGUCAUCAGCAGGCGAGCUGACGCCGCGAGGGCUUUGGUGACGCAGGUGGAGAAGAAGAGCCAGAGGGCGCUGGGGGACGUGGCCCGCGCGAAAGAUGUGGAACUGGACGAGGAAAUGACCUCUGCCCGUACCAGGCACAGUCAGCUCUGGCAGCUGGCGACAUGGACACGUGACACUCAGCAUACAACAGGGGGACAAGGGAGACGUGGUCAGAUGAACAUUCGGCCCAAGGACGUGAGCAGAAGGCUGCUGAACGAGGACGAGAUCGAGCGUUACCAGAAACGAGCUCACGGACAGCAACAGGUACUGUCACACCACAUGGACGAUGCCCUCAGCAGCCUUCAGGGAGCCCUGCACAGCUACCUGGGUAUAUCACACGACACGUCACAGGUGACUGGAGGAGUAGAAGAUGGGUCAAGCUCCUCCCUCAUCACUAGCGACGAUCACGAGGCGGAGCGUCUCAGCUCUGUCAUGGCGCCGGACACUACUCAAGUCCUUGCCGACAUGGCGCAUGUCAAGCACAGACUGGCCUCACUGCACGACCACAACCUGAGACUCCAACAGCUUGUGGACAGCUUAUACGGGGACUUCACCAAGGUAAAGGGAGACAACUCCAAGCUGCAGAUGGAUAUUCAGACAGUUCGAGACGACUACUGCAAGCCACUUCAGGACAUCGUAGCCCUGCACAGAGAAUACAACGCUUUUCACCACCAGUUUGUCGCCUUGAAAGACGAGAACUCUCUACUCCAACGAGAUCUCGCAGCCCUGAGGGCAGACAUCAUCAAGCUUCAACAUGAUGGUGCAGUCACAAAAGGAGAAAAUAGCAAGUUUCGACAAGACUUGCUUGAUGCAAAGGGAGACAAUGAUAAACUUCAGCAAUAUGUUACGGUGUUAAAGGGAGAGAAGGACAAACUUCAACAAGAUGUGGUGGUAAUACUCGAAAAGAAAACUGAGCUUGAGCAAGCUGUCACCAUGCUAAAUAAAGAGAGCAGCAGCCUUGCACAAACGAUUGCUGGGGUUCAGGGAAGUCUGUCCGAGGCCGAGCACAAUGUCCAGACACUACAAGACCAAUGCAACAACUUUCAGCGAGACAUCACAACACUAGAAGGGGAUAACAGCAAGCUUGAGCAAGAUGUUCUCACCAUCAGAGAGGAGAGCUAUCUACUCCAGCAGGAUGUUUUGAUCCUGAAGGGAGAGCACCGUGAAACUCACGAGCACGUGGCAAUUAUUCAAAACGAAACCAUCGACCUGCAGAACGACAUUACAAGACUAAAGGGAGAUAAUGACAAGUGUCAAGAAAACAUCGUAGCGAUGAAAGGAGACACUGCUCAGCUUCAUGCGGAUGUUUUGUCAUUAAGAAAAGACAAAGAAAAAUUGCAGAAAGACAUUUUGCUUGUCAUGGGCGACAGCUCCAAGCUUCAGGACGACGUCCACCAUUUUGUCGGGAAGCUCGCCAGGUGCAACACCCUGGUGGCAUUCCACGCCAGGCUAGGGUCUGACAGGGUAGGGAGGUACCGGGGUAUCCUGCCCCUCGACGAGGUGAAGUCCAACGCAGGACAGGCGUAUGAUCCUGCGACAGGUGUCUUCACAGCCCCCAUCGCCGGCACCUACCUGUUCAUCGCCUCCAUUUGCCGUGACGUCGGCACCGGCGAUGCCGUGCUGUCCAUGGAGGUGGACGGGGCGCUGCUGACGUUGUCGCGGUCGCACGUGGGUCAGUUGGAGGAGGGCGUCAGCUGCACGUCACACGCCGCGCUGCAGCUGGAUGCUGGACAGAAGGUGUGGCUGCGGGUGUGGAGCGACACUGGUCUUCUGAAGUACCGGACCACCUUCACUGGGGCCCUGCUGCAGGUGGAGCUGUGACAGUCAGGCCAUGGCUGUGGGGCUGUCACAUGAUCGGGUGUUGGUCAGAUUGGGUUACACCGACACAUAGUAUUUGAUGUAUGCAGUACAUGCAUUUAAAAUGAUGUCAUCGUCACAUCCUGCUGUACAAUACAGUUACCACCCUCUGUGUGUGUGCACUUAACAUGUACAAAUCCUCAGAAAAUCUGUUCAAAAAUUAACUAAUGUGUUACUAAUUGAAACAUAACACAAAAAAAAACCAAAUCACUGUAAUUCCAUCAUCUAAAAGGCAGCCAUAAAAUGUUCUCAAACUUAACGAGAAGAACAGUCGACAAAUAAAAUAACUACAUUAAAAUAAUGCAGCUACCCAAACUAUAAUAUAUACAUAUCCUCUCACAAUACAGGAACUCUUCUAACCGAAGAUCAGUAGAAGAAAUAGCAGUAGAAGUAACAAUAAUAAUGAUUAUUUACAUAGCUCUUUUCCAAAGAUUUGCUAAUAGCUCUCUACAUAAGCCAUACAUAGACUAACUUCAAUAACCAUGUACCCUUAUUUACAACAGACUCGCUCACUUCUUCAUCACACACUCACUCACACACAAAGUAAACUACAGACACACGUGCACGCUCACAGGACAAGUGAAGUCGUCGUUCUGAAAGAUGUAAGUUUGGACUUAGAGGUGGUAAGAGGGACGAAGGUAAUCUGUUGCAAGUUGAUGGACUUGGUGAGACAGACCUGUGUCCAUAGUCUUGGUCUCAGUGGGAUCAGCAUGAGUAGCACGCGGCUACAAAGGGCAAUGUGGUGCAAUAUUUUGAUUAUAACUGCAUUUUCAAACUCUGUUUAGCAUUUUUUUAAGAUACAUAGU